GCAAUUCCCACGGCCGCCGCAUCCAGUUAGUUGCGUUGUGUAUUAGGGAACUCCACGCGGGAGGUCACAUCUGCUCGUCUCAUUUAUAUAUCUCUAGUUUUAUUUACCAGUACUAUACUAUAUCUAUCUAUCCUUACGAACCCCGUUGCCCGUCAUCAUCUCCUUGUCAACUUCGUUGCUUCUUCCAUAAAAGUAAAGUGGCCUGCGAUUUUUCUAGCGCCGAUCCGCCCUGCCACGUCUUGCCAUCACGCGCAUCAGCGGCUGGCUGGUUCUACAUGCCAGCAGCCCAGCACACCUUCCUUGCGCUACUAUUAUUAUCUUAAUAUCCGCGGCUGCGCUUUGGAAGCAAUUCAAGUGUAUCACCGUUGUUACUUCCAUAACGUGCUAACAGUCAAAUUUGUCAAGCUACUGUUGAUGCUCCAGAUAUAGUAGAAAACCAUGGGAGAAGUUAGUGAUGAUAAUUCCAACAUGUCCUUUCUAAAAAGAAUCGCUACAAGUGACGUGCCACUGUUGAAAGAGUAUGGUGUGAAUGGAGUUGUUGUCGCCCUGCUUCUGGCUGUAGUUACUCCUGUCCUGCUUUCCAUGAUGUUUGGCAAGAAGACAAAGCAAAGGGCGGUGCGAGCUGAUGUGGGUGGAGAGGAGGGAUUUGCAAUGCGGAACAACAGGUUUUCCUCCUUAGUUGAAGUCCCAUGGGAGGGCGCCACGACAAUGUCAGCUCUGUUCGAGAUGGCCAGCAAAAAGUACUCUCGACAGAGGUGUCUUGGCACGAGGAAGCUAAUUAAGAGGGAAUUUAUGGAAUCUUCUGAUGGUAGGAAGUUUGAGAAACUGCACCUUGGUGAAUAUGAAUGGGAUACCUACACUGAGGCAUUUAAUCGUGCAUGUAAUUUUUCUUCUGGACUUAUCAAGAUGGGCCACGACCUAGAUAGUCAUGCUGCUAUCUUCUCUGAUACAAGAGCUGAGUGGAUCAUUGCUGCUCAGGGAUGCUUCCGACAAAAUUUAACGGUUGUAACAAUAUAUGCAUCUCUUGGUGAGGAUGCAUUGGUGCAUUCACUAAAUGAGACACAGGUUUCAACUCUGAUAUGUGAUUCGAAGCAACUUAAGAAGAUACCUGCAAUCAGCUAUAAAUUGCAGAGUCUUAGGCGUAUUAUCUAUAUUGAGGAUGAACCUGUCGAGGCUGAGACACUGAACCAAGUGAAGCAUUUGACAACAUUGUCUUUCACUGAAGUAGAGGAGCUUGGCAAGACAUCUCAUGUUGAUGCAAGGUUACCUUCAGGCUCUGAUACUGCAGUUAUCAUGUAUACAAGCGGAAGUACUGGUCUUCCCAAGGGUGUAAUGAUCACACAUGGCAACAUGGUGGCCACAACUGCAGCAGUCAUGACAAUAGUCCCAAACCUUGGCAUGAAUGAUGUUUAUCUGGCUUAUCUUCCAUUGGCUCAUGUCUUUGAACUAGCAGGGGAGACUGUCAUGUUAGCUUCUGGCAGUGCCAUUGGAUAUGGUUCAGCAUUAACUAUGACUGAUACAUCGAACAAGAUUAAGAAGGGAACAAAAGGAGAUGUUUCUGUACUGAAUCCUACUCUUAUGAUUUCAGUUCCUGCAAUUUUGGAUCGUAUCAGAGAUGCAGUAUUUAAGAAAGUUGGUGAGAAGGGUGGCCUGACAAAAAAGCUGUUUGAUUUUUCAUAUAAGCGAAAUAUUGCAGCAAUUGAAGGGAGUUGGUUUGGAUCUUGGGCACCAGAGAGGAUGUUAUGGGAUCACAUUAUUUAUAAACCAAUACGGGCAAUGCUUGGAGGACGUCUAAGAUUUGUUCUUUGUGGUGGUGCACCUCUGUCAAGUGACACACAAAGAUUUAUGAAUAUAUGUCUAGGUGUCCCAGUGGGUCAAGGCUAUGGAUUGACUGAAACUUGUGCUGGAGCAGCUUUCACUGAAUGGGAUGAUACAAGUGUGGGUCGUGUUGGUCCACCACUUCCUUGUUGCUAUGUGAAGCUUGUCUCAUGGGAAGAAGGUGGUUACAAGAUUUCUGAUUCUCCAAUGCCGAGAGGAGAGGUCGCGGUUGGUGGACACAGUAUAACAAAAGGUUAUUUCAACAAUGAAGCAAAGACGAACGAAGUAUACAAGGUUGAUGAGAGGGGCAUACGCUGGUUCUACACUGGUGAUAUUGGUCAGUUCCAUCCUGAUGGGUGCCUUGAGAUUAUUGACAGGAAAAAAGAUAUAGUAAAGCUUCAGCAUGGAGAAUAUGUGUCUCUUGGCAAGGUUGAAUCGGCUCUAGCAACAAGCAACUAUGUGGAGAACAUCAUGGUUUAUGCCGAUCCAUUUCAUAACUACUGUGUUGCCCUGGUUGUUCCAGCGCACCAGGCCUUGGAGAAGUGGGCUCAGAAUUCCGGGAUGAACUAUGAAGGCUUUGGAGAGCUUUGCCAAAACGACCGAGCAAUUAAGGAGGUUCAGCAAUCGCUAUCAAAGGCCGCAAAAGCAGCGAGGCUCGAGAAAUUCGAGGUGCCAGCGAAGAUCGUGCUGUUGCCUGAACCGUGGACGCCGGAGUCCGGGCUGGUGACCGCAGCGCUUAAACUGAAGAGGGAGCAAAUAAAGGCCAAAUUCAAAGGCGAUCUGGACAAGCUCUACCACUGAAGAAGCGACAGAGGACGGUUUAAUUUGCACCUACUGCUUCCAGACGCUUGCGGUGCCAAAAGCUGCCUGGAUGGAACUUUUACUGACCUGCACGAGUGGUGUGUGUGUGUGUAUCCCAGCUGCUGAUACACAGGAGCUUCGUUCUUCUGUGACUGUGACUGAGGGAAAAUAAACCCAGUGUUGGAAUGAUCUUGAUUUGUAAUAGCUUCACGUCAUGGGAUUUUAAUUUUGUCAUAGCACAGAGGAUGCUCAAUUUCACGUCCGUUACGGGUCAGUUAUGACACUAAGCAUAUUGUAAAUGAUGUUUUUUUAUAUAGACACAAUAAAUAGGCCCUGGGCACAUCACCUAAUGGUACUCUA